UUCACGUAUUUUCCCCUCGUUUCUUUUGAAUUCAAGCGUUCCACCAUUUAAGAUCGUAAAGCAACCGGAAUGCCUCUAUAACGUAGCCUAGAGUACUACUGUAUAGCAAUUAUGGACAUAACCUAUAGCCCAUACCAAAUAAAGUAGACCACUUUGUUUACGGCAUUUCCAAGGUCAGGACAGUAUUAUAUUGGAACACGUGUUGUAGAUUAUUUCGUUAUGUCAGAUAUAAGCCAAAGUUCACAGGAGUUUUCCAUCAACUUUCGAAGAAAAGGGUCCAGAGAACCCAACUAACCACAGCCGAGGCAGACGUAGGGGUCCCACUCACGGCCAUUACCGACGCACUGGAGCACAGAAGUGGCUCCUCCAACUCGAGUUGAACUAGUAUCACGUCUUAUGAGCCAACCCUAAGAAUAACAUGACACCGAGGGGCGCUACUGCCGGCGUUCUGCCGCUCCUGCUGGCCACCGCGCUGUGGAGCCUCCCCCCAACGCGGGGCGGUAAUAUCCUGGUGUAUCCACUGGAUGGCAGUCACUGGCUGAACAUGAACAUCCUGUUGAAGGAGCUGCACGAGAGGGGCCACGCCAUCAGUGUGGUGCGCUCCUCCUCCAGCUGGUACAUCUCAGAGGACGCCCCCCACUACACCUCCAUCACGGUGCCCGUCAGCACGGCCUGCAGCCUCGAGGACCCCCAAUACAUGGCCUCCUUCCUGAAGAGGAACCUGGAGCUGUGGACCCACCAGCGCUCCCUGACCUCCUUCAUCGCCCUCCAGCGGGAGGCCAUCUCCCUGCUGGACGGGGCCCACCGGGCCAGCGCCCGUCUGGCCCGCAGGGUUCUGGAGGACCAGGAGCUGGUGGGCCGCCUGAAGGCCUCCCGCUUCGACAUGAUGCUGACCGACCCGGGCUUCGCCGGAGGGGUGGUGGUGGGGAGGUACCUGGGGCUCCCCCUGGUGCUCAACGUGCGCUGGAUCACCAACGGAGAAGGUCACUUCGCCAUCGCGCCGUCCCCUCUGUCCUACGUGCCGACUCUCGGCUCCCUGGUCUCCGACCGGAUGAGCUUCGUGGACAAGCUGAAGAACGCCUUGCACUAUGGCAUCUCGCAGUACGUCGACCACGUCACCGUGAGGCCGCUCUACCGCAGCUUGUGCGACGACUUCCUGGAUCCGAGCACCAACAUCUACUCCCUGAUCCAGGGGGCCGACCUGUGGCUCAUGAGGGUGGACUUCGUGUUUGAGUUCCCCCGGCCGACCAUGCCCAACGUGGUCUACAUCGGGGGGUUCCAGUGCAAGCCGUCCAACCCCUUGAGCGCGGAGCUGGAGGCCUUCGCCCAGAGCUCCGGGGACUACGGCGUGGUCAUCAUGUCUCUGGGCAGCCUGCUCGGCAGCCUUCUCCCGGAGACGUCCGAGGUGGUGGCCGCUGCCUUCGCCCGCCUUCCCCAGAAGGUGGUGUGGAGGCACCUGGGGCCGAGGCCCUCCACGCUGGGCAACAACACGCUGAUCGUGGACUGGCUCCCGCAGAACGACCUGCUCGGACACCCCCGGACCAGGGCCUUCGUCACGCACGGGGGCACCAACGGCGUGUACGAGGCCAUCUACCACGGGGUGCCCAUGCUGGGCCUGCCGCUCAUCUUCGACCAGUUCGACAACAUGGUGCGCCUGGAGGCCAGGGGCGUGGCCAAGGUGCUGGACGUCACCCGAUUGGACGCCGACUCCUUCGCCGAGGCUCUGCGAGAACUUUUGGAUGAGAAGCAGAACUACAAGAGGAACAUGGUGAAGAUGUCCGGCCUGCACCACGACCAGCCCAUCAAGCCCUUGGAUCUGGCCGUGUUCUGGUCAGAGUUUGUGAUGAGGCAUAAAGGCGCGUCCCACCUGCGCACAGAGUCCUAUAUGAUGCCGUGGUACUCGUACCACAGCCUGGACGUCAUGUUGUUCCUGCUGUGUGUGCUGGGGGCUCUCCUGACGGGCUUCUUUACAUGUUGCAAAGUUCUAUUGAGACUGCUCGCAGGUAAAAGAAAAUUAAAACCGAGUUAAUCUUGA